CUGCCGUAGGACUUGCAACGUCGGCGCUGUCUCUCCGGAACACAGGCUCGAAAUUCUCCGUAAGUGUCCGUCAGAUCAUAGGAUGAAUCGACGUCGUUUCACAGGCACAGAGUUUUCAUUGUGGAUUCAGUCACAGCUGGCUCAAAUGGAUUUAAGUGCGACAUAAGAGGAUUAAUGGAUUCGACAAAGGAGACGCGCGUCGAACCUACAACUCAUAUUAAUUUCAUGGAGCGAAGAUCCACUGAGUGCGUUUUGAAGCUUCAUUUAAAAUCGAACGCCAAAACGAAGCACGCACGACGUUUCUGCUCCUAGAGAAUACGCCGAACGCAGACAAUUGUGUUCCGGAACAGAAUGGAUAUUCGCUGGCUCCUAAGAAUAGACUGUGAUUUUCCUUGCAGUUCCAGGACGUAGGAACGUAGCUCACAAAAGUGUAGCGUUCACAAAGAAAGAACAAUUCUGUAGCACAAUAUAGACCGAGACACAUCGUUUGUGAUAGGAGUACUAAAAAUAUAAGAGUCCCAGGUCGAGAGUGAAAGGAAUUUCAGAAAUUCCGAGACGAAAAAUGGUGACGUCGGAGAACAAGGAACGAGAGCCCCCAAUGCCCCUGCAUCAUCUGCACCCAAACACGAAGGGGCACAGCCCCCAGACCAUGGCAUGGUACAGGCCGGACCCAGCUCCAGUGCUCAGCAAAUUUCCAGGUGGGGAUCAGAGUGGGACAAACAACUCCGCCUUCCACCCGGUCAGCCCCUAUGACCGGGCAAAACCCCGCCCGGUGGUGUUAAAGUUUUAUCCCGCGGUGGAGGAAAACACGCAGGUGACCUGGUGCUGCUGCACAGGUGCCAAUUACAGAUGUUCCAUCGCCGUCACUGGAACUGAGAGGCUUUGGGGCUUAGAACCACGAAACCGCUGGACAAAUUCUUCGGAUACAGCAUCGCACUGCAGUAAAGAAUAUGAAGAAGAAGAUGAAGAAGAAGAUGAAAUUGACGUCGGAGAUUGCGAAACGAAUACUUCCCCACGCAGUAAGGACAACGAAGGCUCCAUUUGCAUGUCGCUUGCAAGCGCGAAAGCUCCCAGUGCUGUGGGCAGAUUACGAACGGUGGUAUCGACACCAAUUACAAUUACCAGCGGUUCGGCGCGGGACUUUCCGAUGACGGAAGGCGCUGCUCAGAACAGACAUUCAGUUGUUCAAGGAAGCAUAGAAAUUGGCAGGAGACCAAUUUACAUGCCUGAAAUAGCAGGGCUUCAACCUCUGGCUCCUACUAAAACAGACUCUAAAAGUGGUACAGGCCUUCCUGAAGAUGGAAGUCAGCUUUCAAUGGAGACAGACAACGGCGAGGAAUGUCGGCUGCCGUCCUCAGCGUCGCCUCCUAAAAUCGGGGAACAUUUUCCGAGUGAGUACGUCACAGCUGCGAGACUUGCCGAAGACGAUAUUUUCAUCAAGGCAGAGGGACGCCCGUUGAGAGCAAGGACGUAUUCCAUCACGGAACACGAGUUGACAACUCCUACUACGUCGCCAACGAGAAGCAGUGAAGACAAUAAUGUAGACUGUUCCUUCGGCGAAAGAAAAUUCUGCAGAAAGGAAGACGAUGAAACACUAAAUACGUUCACCCACGUCGCUGAGGAAUCGCCCGUGUUCAACGUCAGAGGCGCAGUACGAGAAUGUCCCACGGCUGAGACAGCCGGCGACGAAGUCAAUUACUCCCAAACAAUCUUGAGCGACGCGUAUGACCCUGGCAUGACGCCUACAGUUAUGAAGAGGAAUUUUCCGAGACACACCUCACCUCCAGCAAAUGCUCGUGAGGCUGACGUUUCUGUUUUAGUUGGAACUAACCUCAGUAAACCGCUUUCCGAAAGACACGGUGAUAAGGAGUCUUCUGCAAUGAAGCGCCCAGAAAAUGCGGAUAAACAGAGUCUUCGUGAACAACAAAGCUCACUCGUGCUUCGUUCCACUCAAAUAAACCGCACUCAGAUAUGUGGCAAACAAAGUUUCGAAGAAAAACUCAUUUCCAAUCAGGACGAACGCAAAACUCAGGUGGACAGUGACCAGUCUUCUGAGGACAGGGGCGAAUCCCCUCACAAGAGGUCUCAUUUGGACGACGACGACGACUACAAAUGGCGCUCGGUGGACAGAUGUGACUUACCACAUGAGGGGUCUCCCGUUAAAACUCGCAACCCAAUUACUGACGAAAAUGUCAUCGAAAACGGAAGGGAGUACAUCCCGAGAAACUCGCUUGUGGUGACACCCACCCAAGGCGCUGAUGAACAUCAUCUCGAAGAUAAGGGAGGCUUUCUCCGAAGCACUCCUUCAGAACCCCGCGUACAAAGUGCAGUUGUCGGAACGGAACGGAAUUCAUCUCUGGAAAACGAAACGGCAAUUAACAACCAACAGCGCGAGGAAGGCCGUGGCUUGUCUGCUCGAAACAACCAAAGAGAAUCCCAGCGGAUUCUACACGAUCAAAGUACCCCUCGUCAACGGAGCUCUGUGCUUGUCCGGUCGAGGGAACUGAGACCCGGAGGCGGAGAAACCGUCAUUCAACAAGUGGGCACUGCAAGUGGACCAGAACUCAGCACAGGAGUACAAGGACCUCCCCCCUUCUCUGCUGAGGAUUCUGCACUCAGGAGCCGCGUCCUCAUUUUGCUGUGGAUCCUGUUGGGCGAGCGAAGGCUGUGCGAAGUAGGGUACCCGGUGGAGCCCGUCCAUCGAGUCCUGUGGCGGGUCGUGGACGUCUGCUGUUCCGUGGCCGGUGUCAAGAGCGCCGCGGCGGUGCCACUGAACGCGGACCACGACUGUGGCUCGGACAUGCUGUGCUUCCGGGAUCACACGCACCGGUUCCUGGAGGUCUGUGCCCCAACGCGCGAGCAUUGGAAGCAAUUUGGCUGGGCAAGCCUCACCGUCGACGCGGUUGUCCGCAAGAUCUACGAUGAAGAACUGCUGCCUCUCCUCCGACUGCAAGUCCUACCGCCCGCCAUAGAGCGGGCGAUCUCCCAGCUGUCACACACGGACCACACGCCCAACCCCCAGCACGUCUCAGGGGGCAGCACUGCCGGAGGCAAGCUGCUGACCGCCGUGGUGAUGCCGACCAAGAAGAAGCGAGGCAGACCAGCCAAGAUAACCAACAAAGUUGACGAAGGGGGUCGCAUCGAGCGCGUCAUGUUGUGGCGUUUCCUGCUCAACCUGCUGGAGGACCCCAGGAACUCUCCCUGCAUCCACUGGGUGCAACGCGACGAGGGGAUCUUUCGUAUCCUGAACACGGACUGGCUUGCCCGGCUCUGGGGCCGGCGCCAUGGCAACCCCAGGAUGACGUACGAGAAGAUGGCGCGUGCCAUGAGGACGUACUACAGGUCAAAAGUGCUGCAACCUGUCCCACGACUCCGGAACUUGCCGCGCAAACUGGUGUACAAAUUUAAUCCGGCAGUUAUCCACAAGGUGGCAGCAAUGAAGCUGUCCUGUAGCACAUUCAGCGGCAGAGGACUGAACUAUAAUAACAACAUUAGCAAAUGACUGCAGCUUAAGCGAAGUCUGCACAAAUUUGUUUAAUUUGAGUUGUGACGGCCAGCUUGUUAACAACGUCGAUCUGUGAAACUCGUGAAAAGGAACAAUGGCCCAGAGUGGUCUGCAGUUUCCAAUAAUUUAAGGUGGAGGGACUUCAGAUUAGAAUGAGUUGGUGCUGUAUCUCGCGUAUUCCGGGAAACAAAAACCAUUCUCCAAGAGAAUUAAAAUACUAGGCAAAAUUAAUUUAAAACGCGUUGCCCUGUGUCGUCUUUACGCCAUUUAAAACGCCAUGAGCUCGGAAAGAAGAGAUACAACACUUGAAAAACUGCAGCGAGCGGAGAUAAUGUCUUUAAGGACAACGUCGUAAGAGGACUUUUUGCUGAGAACGAAUUAAGUUAAAAUAGACGAAUGACGUUAUCGUCCUCAAGCGUAAAUGAGCUAACAAAACAAAGAAUUCGCACACUCAAUUGACGAAGAAUAUCAAAUUUUUCAGUUUCAAGUCUUGUGCAAAUUGUCCCGGUUAAAUUAAUUUAAAAAACGCAGGGCCUAUUGCUGGCUUAAACCAAAGGAGGAUUUUAAUUUUAUUUAAGUGUGAAUGGUACCUAAAUUCAGCUGUUUUGUGUGUGAAAGACGUACAAAAUAUGAAGCUGAUGGUAGCAUCGCACAGUAACUCCUGAAGACCACGCAACCCACAACACACUAACGUCUCGACUUGUCUGCAACGAAUUCGUUUCAAAUCCGUGCAUUUGGUUCGAGUCGUGAAAUGAACUGUAAAUUACAGAUUCUUUAGACGCUGGUCUGUAACAAUCCUCGGUCUAUCGCUUUGCACUUUGAUAGGUCUGGCAGAUGCGCUGGGAAGUCGUGUUUUGUCUUAAUUCGUUCGUAAGUCCCAUACAACACAGCAUCCACGAUUGACGGCCGCUUGUCUGAGUCGAAAACAUUUCCUAUUCGGACAAGAACACAGGCCUCGAGCUUCGUUGCAGAUCUCCGAUUAGUCAUGUCAUUACGUAAAGUUGUCCUUGGCUAUUAAGAAAUAAUUACAGGUAGAACUAUUAAUUUAACUAAAACUGUACGUUUAAUAAAAUAUAAAUAAUUUUAACAAGA